ACUUUCAUUUUCUCCAUCAGCAUGAGACAACCUGCUGGAGUUGCAGAAAUCCUGCGAUCUCAUCAAAAAGACGACAUUUACACUGGAUAUUUAAAAACUGCUGUGUCGGAAAUUUUUCAGGAAAUAUUUGGUCCUGGUGUGUGGAUAAGGUGGAAAAAUGAAGUGGAUCGUUUGGCGGAGGUUACAUAUUUUUUUCUGACAACAGUUGCAGGAUACCAGACUGUUGGGGAAGAAUAUGUCAACAUCAUUCAGAUUGACACUCAUCGUAGAAACAUUCCAUCAAAACUGAAAAGACUGAUAUUAGUUUCUCUCCAUGUCUUUGGGCCCUAUGCAGUGGGCCGCUUCCUUGACUGGGUGGAGAAAAAAUUCAAGUCAGGUGACUGGGACAAUGUGCCUCAGGAAACAAGGGAGUUUAUUCUGAACUCACUUCCUGUUCUUCAGCAGGCCCUCUCCCUCCUGCAGAGAUUCCAUCUUGCCUUGUUUUAUCUCAGAGGUGUAUUCUAUCACAUAGCCAAACGACUGACCAAUGUCAGCUAUAUUAAAUUCAGUGUCUCCCCCACAGACGGGUCAUCUGUACAGCAGAGUUUUCGGGCCCUAGGCUGGCUGUCGCUGGCUCAGCUUGGCUUCAGUGUUCUACAGACGCUGUAUCACAGCUACCGGUCCUCAGGGACCUCAUCACCUCAGAAAGAUAUCAGUACACGUACAUCCAAUGAUGCCAUAGACAGGAAGUGUUGUCUGUGUCUGGAGGCGAGGAGAUCACCCACAGCGACACCUUGUGGCCAUUUGUUUUGCUGGCAGUGUAUCUAUGAAUGGUGCUCCACCAAGCUGGAAUGUCCAAUAUGCAGGGAAACACUACAGCCACAGAAGCUUGUGUUUUUACAGAACUAUGACCCACCCGAAGGCUGAGGACAAAUGUCAUAUAGCACAUAUAUUUUUAGAAGUUUAAAUUAUGAAUGAAUGAAUGAAUAAAUGAAUGAAUGAAUGAUAUGUGAACAAAUUUAAAACAAGAGAACAGUAUUUAAUGAGAGUGUUGCAAAUAUUUUUAGAAGCAACAUUUGUGUCAUCAUUUGUUAGAAAUUAUGCAAUAUUUUCAUUUUAUUUUAUUGAUUUAGAUAUAAUCGUAUAAAACUAUUUUUUUUAAGUAAAGUGGUAGUUAUCUUCUUAUGUUGCAAGGUCAAUGGACUGUCAGUCAUCAUCUUCCCAAGUCAAGGGUUUCUAAUCCACACCUAUCCUCACAAACGUGGAGAGCAAAGUGGAUCGAAAACACUUGGCUAUCGAAGAUUGUCAGUCAUAGUCAACAUUUUUUUAAUAUUUUUAAAAGCAGUGAGCAAAUGAAUUUGCCAAAAUUACACCUGAAAAAAAUUCAUCUGAACUUAGCCACUUUGAGAAAUAUUAAUUCAUUGUCACAUGUUGUUGACAGAUUUAUAUCAAAGUAAAUGAGAAAAUUAAACUCGUCAACAUUAUUUUAUAAUUUUUAUUUCAUUCUACAUGUAUGAAUAACAAAUACCAAACACAGGGCUUUUGCUCGCUGACAGUGAAUUACAAUUUUGAUCCUGUUUUAGCAAAGUUCCGCUAAAUACAGUAAAUAAAUAAACAUCAUUUAGAUUGUGACACUCUCAAUGUGCCAUGCUUCGAGCAAAGGACAUGAAAACAAGGAUUUGUAGUUCUAUAGGACCAUGUCUUUGUUAUUGGCUUUAACAUUUGUCCAUAAAUAGGGCUUUAUGCACCAUAAACGUAACAAAGACAGAAAAUUUGCUCUGAAAUAAUUUAGGGGAAAAAAAUAAUUUGGUGCCGAUAAUUUAUUAAAGUAUUCAUGACUUCGAUCCUAAUGUUAAUUUGUGUUUGUUAAUGUAUUUUGUAAUUACAUGUAUAUAGUAUGAGAAACUGCUUCGUUUUUGUAUCCAUUUUACAAAUAUGAUAAAAAAAUGUUUCUAUUGCGUCCAUAUGAUAUUUGUAUACUGAAAUGUGAAAUUUUAUGUACCUAUAGCAACAACUGAGUCCGCGACACUUAAUGUGUCGAGCUCCACAAGAAAUUCACCAAGAUAGUGACAAAGAAUUCCAGUUUUCGUUAUAAAGUUAAUCGCCCAACUUGUUGGUUAAAGAAUGUGUAGUUUUUAAAAAUACGACAAACUGUCACAGGGAAAACUAGGAUGUUUUCCUUAUAUCCG